AUAGAACUGAUUUAGGUAUCUUAUCACAUGGUGAUGAUGGCAUGGCUCGCUAGUACUUAUACUCCGCCUAGGCGGAUCUUGUACUCAAUCACGUAGUACAAGGGGAUCCUAUGCUUACAAUCAUGAAGAGCUGUAUCCUGAUCGCGCUGUUGGCGGCCCUGGCGAGCUGCGUGCACGCGGCGGCCGUGCCGACCAACGUGCCGACCAACCCGCCCACAGUCGCCGGCGAAGUGCAGCCCGGAGACACGCGUCUGGCGAUGGGGGAGCACAUGCGUUCAGGAGAGCCGGAUGAUGUGGUGAUCAUGCAUGUGGUCUACCGGCUGGGCGCCUCGCACAAGGUGAACGCUGUGAUCAUGACGGAGCUGGGCGCGGCGCAGGGGGGGGCGCCGGCCUUCGUGGGCGGGCUCGGCACCAACGAGAUCAGCGUCAUCCUGGUGUCGGCGCGCGGCCGCGGCCUGCACUACCGCGUGGAGCUGUGGGGGGACGACGCCAGCGGCGCCGGCUCCAACCCGCCGACAGUCACUGUUCUAGAAUUGUAAAUACUCAUUAGCUCCCGAGCCGCUUCCAGGCUUCCAGUCUAACCGGAUGCGGCUGAGUACCAGUGUGCCACAAGGAGCGACUAUACCUAACCUCCUCAAUGUAUCCUCCUGUAUGUAUGUAAACACAUGUUAUGGCAAAUAAAUGAUUUUAUUCUA